AUGCUAGUGCCCAUUACAGUAGCUUUCUUUUCAAUAUUCUUCUUUUACUAUCUUUCUUAUAGAAAUUCUAAAGUUUCUAAUACCAACGAAGUUCCUAUAGUUCAAGGGGCAUGGCCAAUAAUUGGUCACCUCCCACUUUUGAGGGCUUCAAAAGGAAUACCUCAUAAAACCUUAGGUCAUUUGGCAACCAAAUAUGGACCCUUGUUUUCCAUUAAGCUUGGUUCCAAACGUGCUUUGGUAUUAAGUAAUUGGGAAAUGGCUAAAGAAUGUUUCACCAAGAUUGACUUGGCAGUUUCUAGUCGCCCAAUGCUUGAAUCAACUCAACAUAUGGCUUACAAUGGAGCCAUGUUUACUUUAGCGCCCUAUGGUCCUUUUUGGCGCCAAGCGCGUAAAAUCACAACUUUAGAAAUCCUCAGUCACCGUCGUUUGGAGCAACUUCAACAUUUUCGUGUCAUGGAAGUUCGACGUUCGAUUAAAGAUCUCUAUAAUGAUUCUGAUCAUCAAGAUUUCAUGGAUGUGAUGCUUUCAUUGCUUGAUGGAAAAACAGUUGAAGGAUAUGAUUCUGAUACUACAAUCAAAGGCACAAUGUUGGCAUUGAUUGCGGGAGGAGUUGACACAACUUGUGUAACUCUUACAUUGUUACUGAAAAAUCCUCAUGUAAUGAAAAAAGCAAAAGAAGAACUUAACAUUCAAGUUGGAAAAGAGAGGCGUGUAGAAGUAUCGGAUAUAGAAAAUUUGGUGUACCUUCAAAGUAUAGUUAAAGAAACACUAAGAUUAUAUCCACCGGUUCCUCUCUCGGUGCCGCGCGAAUUCUCAGAGGAUUGCAAUUUAGGUGGUUAUGAUGUCGAAAAAGGAACUCGACUUAUAUUGAAUCUUUGGAAAAUUCACACUGAUCCUAAGAUUUGGUUAGAUCCGUUAGAGUUUAAACCAGAACGGUUUCGUAGCACUCAUAAAGAAAUUGAUGUUAAGGGUCAUAACUUUGAGUUAUUACCAUUUGGAAGUGGUAGAAGGGUUUGUCCUGGAAUAUCUUUGGGCCUUGAAAUGGUGAGUUUAACCUUAGCUAGUUUUUUGCAUUCCUUUGAAAUCUCAAGUCCUUCAUGUGAUUCUAUUGAUAUGAGUGAAGCCUUUGGAGUAACCAACACCAAAGCAACUCCUCUUGAGAUUCUUAUUAAGCCUUGUUUAUCUGUUAGUUAUUAUGAAAAUAUGUGAUUUUUGUAUUAGCUUAUAGUAAUACUCUAAGUUUUGUUUAUUUCCAUAAGUUUUUUAUUAUGAAUUUUCAAACUAUAUAUGUAAUUCUCGUUGAGAAGAUAAAUGGUGAUUAAUUUAAAUAAAAAUAAU